CCGGCCGCGCCGCCGGCGAUGUUACGCCGCCUACUCCCCCUCCGGCGCUGCCUCUCCACCUCGGCGACCUCGAACGCAACGCCUACCCUGUACGCGGCCGGUGUCACCCCGGUGUCCAUCCUCUCCUGGGGCCGCGGCGCGUCGGGCCAGCUCGGCGGCGGCAAGGAGGAGCGCCGUCUCUACCCCUCCCCCGUCGCGCACCUCUCCCUCGCUGACCCCGUGCCGGUACUCUCCCAAACCCCCGGACGCCUUCCUGACCCCAAAGCUGCGACGGCGGGGGGCGUAGAGGUGGGGAUCUCCUGUGGGCUGUUCCACUCCGCGGUCAUCGUCGACGGCGGCGCCUGGGUGUGGGGCAAGGGCGACGGAGGCCGCCUCGGCCUCGGCGACGAGUCCUCCACUUUCGUCCCGCGCCACAACCCCAACCUCAGCGAGCUCCGGGUCCUCGCGCUUGGCGGCAUCCACUCCGCCGCCCUGACCGCCUCCGGGGAAGUCUUCACCUGGGGUUAUGGUGGAUUUGGAGCUUUGGGGCAUUAUGUUUACCAUAGGGAAUUGUUACCAAAGCAAGUGAAUGGUCCUUGGGGAGGGAAAAUAUCACACAUUGCUACCGGUGGAGCACAUACUGCAGCAAUCACUGACUCAGGUGAACUCUACACUUGGGGUCGCGAUGAAGGCGAUGGUAGGUUGGGGCUUGGAAGUGGGGGUGGUCCUGGUGAAGCUGGUUCUCUCAGUGUUCCUUCCAAGGUGAAUGUCCUGCCUGUUCCGGUUGCUGCUGUAGCUUGUGGUGGCUUUUUCACGAUGGCACUGACUUCAGAUGGUCAGUUAUGGAGUUGGGGAGCAAAUUCAAACUUUGAGCUGGGCAGAGGGAGCAAUUCCAGUGACUGGAGGCCACAGCUUGUCCCUAGUCUGAAAAAUUCCAAUGUAAUCCAAGUAGCAUGCGGUGGAUAUCAUUCUUUAGCUCUGACUGAUGAAGGUGUAGUUCUCUCGUGGGGACAUGGUGGACACGGUCAACUUGGGCAUCCCACCCUUCAGAAUCACAGAGUCCCACUUGCUAUCAAAGCUUUAUCUGAGGAACGAAUUGUCUAUAUAGCAUCUGGAGGAUCGACUUCUGCUGCAAUAUCAGAGAAAGGCGACUUGUACAUGUGGGGAAAUGCAAGAGAUUGCCAACUAGGGGUCCCUGGUUUGCCAGAAAUUCAGCCAUUACCGGUCAAAGUUAAUUUUCUCACAGAUGGUGAUGAGGAUUUGGGCCCUCAUCGUGUCAUUUCUGUUGCAAUAGGUGCUUCUCAUGCCAUGUGUUUAGUCUCCAGGCAACAACAUGAGAAAUAGUGCUUCUGGGUUUCCAGCUUUGUAAAGGAUCUCAAGUUUGGACAUUCUAACCUGUUGAGUUCAUUCAGGAGGGGAUCAUUUUCUCUAUUGGUUUAGAGCCUUCUGACCCCAGCUGUUGGAAAUUGGAGUCUUUCUCAGCAAAGUUCGGCACCAGUUAGAAACACAAUAAAACUUGUGCUGAUAAAUCAGAAAAAGGCCAUGUGCCUGGAUUAAGUCCGGCCGAACGCCAAGCAUGUCUUGAUUUCAUAAAUUUGAGUACUGAAAGUUGUCGAUACUGUGACACGAAGGAUGGAACUGCAACAGCAUCAUGUAACUUGCUGAUCUCGAAUUUUUAGAUGCUCUGUUGUACAACUAGCUAAGAUGGCCAAAAUUUUGUAGCGUCCUGAUCUUACUGUAACUUUGCGCAGGACAUUUGAUUUCAAAUACUGUUCAAUAAGUCGAGCAAUGUUUUUUAUGCCUCUCAAUGAGCUCACUGCUUUACUCCGUAUUACGCUUUACCAUUUCAUUCAAAGUGUUGCAAUGUAAUCUGAGAAACAGAGACUAUUGGACGAAUAAUAUUAUGAACCA